AUGUCCCGGUCAAGAUGGGCGGUGUUUUUCUUUAAGAAGAGGUUAAUAGAUCCUAACUUGGAGUGGGGACUUAUUCGGAAAAGUGAUUCCGGACAACGAGAUGCAUGCAUUGUGGUGGGGAGAACUGGGACUGAGAUGCUUACCAAUGAAGCUGGUGAAGUCACUAGCCAUUUGCAAGGGAUGUUUAAUGGAACAGUCCGUCUUCUUGAAGCUGGAAUCAAGCCUGUGAGAGCAGAUGCAACUGCGGAUUUGACUGGUGCUAUUGAGUUUAAGAAGUUCAUCGACUUGUGCAUAUUGUCAGGAUGUGACUACUGUGACAGCAUCCGAGGUAUUGGUGGGCAGACUGCGCUAAAGCUCAUUCGCCAGCAUGGUUCUAUUGAGACUAUACUCGAAAAUAUAAACAAAGAAAGGUAUCAAAUACCUGAGGAAUGGCCAUACAAUGAAGCUCGUAAACUUUUUAAAGAACCUGAUGUCUUAACUGAUGAAGAGCAGCUUGAUAUCAAGUGGACCUCUCCAGAUGAAGAGGGUAUAGUUCAGUUUUUGGUGAAUGAAAAUGGAUUCAACAUAGAUAGAGUAACCAAGGCUGUAGAGAAAAUCAAAUCUGCAAAGAACAAGUCCUCACAAGGACGGCUGGAGUCUUUUUUCAAGCCAGUUGCUAACUAAGAGAAAGCAAACCCCAGAGAGUAACACUAAAGGAGCAGCAAUAAGAAAGCCAAGGGAGGUGGUGGUGGGAGGAAGAAGAAGUAAGUCACAGUCCAAGUUGUUAUCAAGCUGAAGGCUGUGUAAGUUAGUAGAUAAUUUACUGCAAAGAUCUGGGGAGUAGAUCACUCAACUGUGAUGAUUGUUCCUAAGUUUUAGCAGUCUAUUUGCUUUUUUGUUUUUUUCUCUGUUUCUGUAACCAUUGUAAAAGCACAUCUACAUGUUAAAUUAUAUAUUUUCAAUAAUAUUUUAAGCCU